UAUUCCAUAAUGGUCCACAGAUGAUUGGACCAGGGCCAGGCACUAGACCCAUGUGAAGCUUAUCUCUAGGUUAAUCAGCCUCUGCUAUGACUUGGGUGGGGCGAAAGCUCUGCCCAGAGAUGAUAUGUAAUGGCUGAUCCAGCUGGAAAACCUCUCUAUGGAAAUUCUCAAUUGGAAACAGGACAAAAAUAAGGUAGUUAAAAGCAGGAACUGAAGGUGAAAUGAUGUAUGGAAAGAGCUAAGCCAUUAGGAGCCACAGAAAAUAAAGUAUGACAGAACAGAAAUUAAAAUGAUGAAGCUAUGAGGGUGACAGAUUCUUCUUCUUCACAGCUGAGCAGCAGUGGGAAAAGUAGAGAGAGAACAGAUAUACAGGAAACAACUGAGUUACCUUCACAGUGAAACACUGGGGUAAAGAUUCAUUUAUUUUUGUUGUUGAAGCUCCCAGACUGCCAUCCACCAAGGCAGUACCUGAAACCUGGCUGGAAGAGAAAGCCCCGAGACAAAAUAGCCAGUGAUGUCAUGGUACCCACUGGAGAUGGAAGAUGGUCAAGAUGGUUAGAACCAUUUCUCAAGAGUUGUGAAAAAUUCACAGAUGAUGUUCUCCAAGCUUUAAGAAAGAAGCCAAGCAAGGAUCGAGGGGGCUUGGAGAGGAGCCUUUCUUAAAUGACAACAAUGACAAGAGAAAAUUGGGCCCACAAUGCUCUGAGACAAGAGGGUCUUGUUAAAGGGAAGGAUGAUACCUGGAAAUGGGGAACCAGCUUCCAAGGAAGCAGCUCCUCUGUUUGGGAGACCUCCCACCUUCACUUUAGACAGUUACGUUACCAUGAGACCUCUGGACCCCAGGAGGCACUGAUCCGGCUCCGAGAGCUCUGUCGUCGGUGGCUGAGGCCAGAAGCACGUACCAAGGCCCAGAUCCUGGAGCUGCUGGUGCUGGAGCAGUUCCUGAGCAUCUUGCCCGGGGAGAUUCGGACCUGGGUGCAGAUCCAUCGCCCUGGGAGUGGUGAGGAAGCUGUGGCCCUGGUAGAGGAGCUACAGAAAGACCUCGAUGGACCAGCACUAAAAGUUCCAGUUCUUGUUCAGGACCAGGACAUUCUCCAGGAGGGGAUGAGCACUGCGGGAGCAGCCGUUCCUCAUGCGCCCAGUGGCAGCCACGUAGCUGAAAUUUGCCAAAAUCCUUUUACUGACCCAGUGGUGUUCAAUCUCCAGGAUCCUCAACAUGAUUCUCCUGCCCCUGAAGCUUCUGCCCUUUCCCAGGAAGAGAACCCAAGAAAUCAAUUAAUGGCCCUCAUGCUCCUAACAGCCCAGCCCCAGGAAUUGGUGAUGUUUGAGGAGGUGUCAGUAUGCUUCACUUCAGAGGAAUGGGAGUGUCUGGGCCCGAUUCAGCGGGCCUUGUACUGGGAUGUGAUGCUGGAGAAUUAUGGAAAUGUGACUUCCCUAGAAUGGGAGACCAUGACUGAGAAUGAGGAGGUGACACGAAAGCCAAGCAUUUCUCAAAGGGCAGAUUCUCAGAAAGGAACAUCCAAAAGACUUCAAGGAAGUGUUCCCCAGACCCUCGAUUUUGAGGAGGAAUGUGAUUGGCAAAUUGUGGCAAGUCAGUGGGGGACUGAAUCAGGGGAAAGAGAUACACUGAAGAAAGGUCCCCUCUGUGAACGAGAUAGGAAGAAAAAGGCCUUACCAGAAAAACAAGGCCAAAAGUGGAAGGAAUUUGGAGAAAGCUUGACUUUAGGUUCAGCUCUUUCUGAAAGUUUAAUAGGUACUGAAGGAAAGAAGUUUUAUAAAUGUGAUAUAUGUUGUAAGCAUUUCAAUAAAAUCUCCCAUCUUAUAAACCAUCGGAGAAUCCACACUGGUGAGAAGCCUCAUAAAUGUAAGGAGUGUGGAAAAGGCUUUAUUCAGCGCUCAAGCCUUCUAAUGCAUUUACGCAACCAUUCUGGGGAGAAACCUUAUAAAUGUAAUGAAUGUGGGAAAGCCUUCUCUCAAAGUGCUUAUCUUCUCAACCAUCAAAGAAUCCACACUGGAGAGAAGCCUUAUAAAUGUAAGGAGUGCGGAAAGGGCUUCUAUAGGCACUCAGGCCUUAUUAUACAUCUAAGGCGCCAUUCUGGGGAGAGACCUUACAAAUGUAAUGAAUGUGGGAAAGUUUUCUCUCAGAAUGCUUACCUCAUUGACCAUCAGAGGCUCCACAAAGGGGAAGAGCCUUAUAAAUGUAACAAGUGUCAGAAAGCUUUCGUUCUGAAGAAGAGCCUCAUUCUACACCAGAGAAUCCACUCUGGGGAAAAACCCUAUAAAUGUGAUGAAUGUGGAAAAACCUUUGCUCAGACCACUUACCUUGUUGACCAUCAGCGACUCCACAGUGCAGAGAACCCAUACAAAUGUAAAGAAUGUGGAAAAGUUUUCAUUCGAAGCAAAAGUCUUCUCUUACAUCAGAGAGUACACACAGAAAAGAAGACUUUUGGUUGUAAAAAAUGUGGGAAGAUUUUCAAUUCAAAGUCAAACCUCAUUGACCAUAAGAGGAUGCAUAGCAGAGAGAAACCAUAUAAAUGUACUGAAUGCGGGAAAGCCUUUACUCAGAGUGCUUACCUUUUUGACCAUCAGAGACUCCAUAAUGGAGAGAAACCCUAUGAAUGUAACGAAUGUGGGAAAGUUUUUAUUUUAAAGAAGAGCCUCAUAUUACAUCAGAGGUUUCACACUGGAGAGAAUCUCUAUGAAUGUAAGGACUGUGGCAAGGUCUUUGGUUCUAACAGAAACCUCGCUGACCAUGAGAGGCUCCACAAUGGGGAGAAGCCCUAUGAAUGUCGAGAGUGUGGGAAAACUUUCAUUAUGAGCAAAAGUUUCAUGGUGCAUCAGAAACUACAUACACAGGAGAAAUCCUACAAAUGUGAGGAUUGUGGGAAGGCGUUCAGUUACAAUUCAAGUCUGCUCGUACAUCGGAGAAUCCACACUGGGGAAAAGCCCUUUGAAUGCAAUGAGUGUGGAAGAGCUUUCAGUUCUAACAGAAACCUCAUUGAACACAAGAGAAUCCACAGUGGUGAGAAACCCUAUGAGUGUAAUGAGUGUGGUAAAUGCUUCAUUUUGAAGAAAAGCCUCAUUGGACAUCAGAGGAUUCACACGAGGGAAAAAUCUUAUAAAUGCAGUGACUGUGGGAAAGUCUUCAGUUACCGCUCAAACCUUAUAGCCCAUCAGAGAAUCCACACUGGUGAGAAGCCCUAUGCAUGUAACGAGUGUGGGAAAGGCUUUACUUACAACAGAAACCUUAUUGAACAUCAAAGAAUUCACAGUGGUGAAAAAACCUAUGAAUGUCAUAUAUGUAGGAAAGUUCUUACCUCUAGUAGAAAUCUUAUGGUACAUCAAAGAAUCCACACUGGAGAGAAGCCAUAUAAAUGUAAUGAGUGUGGGAAAGACUUUAGUCAGAAUAAAAACCUUGUUGUACAUCAGAGGAUGCACACGGGGGAAAAACCAUAUGAGUGUGAGAAGUGUAGAAAAUCUUUUACUUCCAAGAGGAAUUUAGUUGGCCACCAGAGAAUCCAUACAGGGGAGAAACCAUAUGGGUGUAAUGAUUGUAGUAAAGUUUUUAGGCAGAGAAAGAACCUUACUGUACAUCAGAAAAUUCAUACAGAUGAAAAACUCUGUGAAUGUGAUAAGUCUGAAAAGGAAUUCUCUCAGAAUUCAAACCUUCACCUGCAGCAAGAAAUCCAUAGUGUGGAGGGAUUCUCUUGGCUCCAAAAUCCCAAUGAGUCUAAGACAGAGAUUCAGAAAAUCUAGAGUCAUAUGUAAGAUGGGAUAGAAUCCCAACUUACCUAAGUCACUGUUAGACAAAUGGCAGUAUAUCAUUCUUGCAAGGAAAAAAACAUCAUGAUAGACUCUCUUGUAAACCAGUGAUUUGCACGUGAAAGAAAGUUAAUCUAGACUUUCAAGACUGCAAAAAACAUAAACCAAAUUCUAGUUAAAGAAUACUUUGUUCUAGACCAUUUGUUAUGACUCUAGAAAGGGACCUUAGAGCAAUUAAAGACUCUGAAAAAAUU